AUGUUUGGGGUAGAACCCGAAAAGUUGCAUGAACCUUAUGAAGUGUCUACCCCAGUUGGAGAAUCAGUUUUAGCCAGACGCAUCUAUAGGGGUUGUCCAGUCAGAGUUUAUCAUCGUCUUACCACAACAGAUCUAGCAGAACUAGAAAUGGUAGACUUUGAUAUAAUCAUGGGCAUGGAUUGGUUAGCAUCCUGUUAUGCCAUAGUAGAUUGUAGAGCCAAAACGGUUCAGUUCAGAUUUCCUAAUGAGCUAGUCUUAGAGUGGAGUGGUGAUUCAGUAACACCCAGGGAUACCCAGACUCCAGCUCUUCAGUCAGUACUAGUUGUCAGUGAGUUCCCAGAAGUGUUUCCAGAUGAUCUACCCGGAGUCCCUCCCGAUAGGGAGAUUGAAUUUGGGAUUGAUCUACUUCCCGGCACUAAGCCGAUAUCUAUUCCGCCAUAUAGAAUGGCCCCAGCAGAGUUAAAAGAGUUAAAAGUCCAGUUGAAGGAUCUUCUUGAUAAGGGAUUUAUAAGGCCAAGUGUCUCACCUUGGGGCGCACCGCAUGGUAAGGUUGUAGCUUACGCAUCUAGACAGCUUAAAGUUCAUGAAAAGAAUUAUCCGACUCAUGAUCUAGAAUUGGCAGCAGUAGUCUUUGCACUGAAGAUAUGGCGUCACUAUUUGUAUGGAGUGCAUGUUGAUAUCUUCACCGAUCAUAAAAGGAAAGCGAAUGUUGUAGUCGAUGCUCUCAGUCGGCGUUCUAUGGGAAGUUUAGCCCAUGUUGAUGCAGAUAAGAGAAUUAUGACCAAGGAAGUUCACCUCGUUGAAGUGAAGGAGAAGCAGUUUCGUGAUCCCUACAUAUUGCAGCUGAAGGAGAGGAUUCACAAGCAUAAAAUGACGGCUUUUGAACAAGAGGGAGAUGACGGUACCCUGAGAUACCGAGGCAGAUUAUGCGUUCCAGAUGUAGAUGUGCUCAGAGAGAGGAUUAUGUCAGAAGCUCAUCAUUCCAGGCCUAGUGGUUUGGCACAGAAUAUAGACAUUCCUGUCUGGAGAUGGGAAAUGAUCAAUAUGGACUUUGUAUUAGGUCUACCUCGUUUAGCUAGAAGGCAUGAUUCUAUUUGGGUGAUCGUUGAACAGCUUAGUAAGACAGCACACUUCUUGCCAGUUGAGACGAUAGAUUCAGCAGAGGACUAUGCUAAGUAUAUUCGAAAACUGUUCGACUUCAUUGGACCCUGUUGUCCAUCAUUCCAGAUCGAGGUGCCCAAUUUACAGCGAAUUUCUGGAGAACCUUUUAGAAAGGAUUAG